AUGCCACGCCGACCGCAGACCUACGAUGAUUAUGGAGCAGCCGUUCAGCAGGUUAUACUGACCUCGUCGGAUUCAGACUUUCUCGACCAGCUCAUCCCCGUGCUUAAAGAUGCCUCCAACUCGAACCGGACCUCCUCGCUCAUGCAGAACCUUUCGAGAUAUGCGGAAGAUAGAGAGUCAGAAAUUGAAAGAAUCGGGUUGACGAAGCACGAGGAGUUCCUCGGUUCGGUUAACCAGCUGCAGACCGUUCGCGAGGGCACCGUGGCCCUUACAGCAGAGAUUCUGAGGCUGAACCAGUCGAUCCAAGCUAGCACAGAGAAGCUUGCCGACCAGAAACAGGCUCUUGUCAAUACGAGAGCUGUGCGACAAAACAUCGCUGAUGCCUCAGAUGCCUUGAAAGAAUCCCUCAAAAUCCUUCAUGCCGUCAACCAUGCUCACGAUCUGAUUCGCAAAAAGAAGUACUAUGCCGCACUAAAAUCUCUCGAUGAUCUGCAAAACGAGCAUCUUAUUCCCACUAUCCAGAAUAAAUAUGCAACCCAGCACAAACUUGCUGAUGUUAUUCAGAAAUCAAUACCAGCGUCCCAGAAAAUAAUAUCGGAAGCGGUCAUGACUGACCUGAACACUUGGUUGUUUCGUAUCCGCGAAACCUCACAAUUUCUUGGCGAAGUCGCAUUUUAUCACACCGAACUGCGAAGAGCGAGACAGAGAGAACGCGUCGAGAACGAUAGCUAUCUGAACAAUUUCAGGUUAAACUCGUCUAUUGAACUCGUGUUUGAUGAGAGUGAGGAGUUCGACGUGCUUGAUAACGAGGAGCUUCAGGUCGAUUUCCAUCCCUUGUUUGAAUGCCUUCACAUCCACGACGCCCUGGGUCAAAGUGACAAGUUUCGUGCCGAGUACGCCACGACACGUCGGCAGCAGAAAGACCUGCUCCUGCCGAGUACGGUCGGAUUGGUAGCAGAUGAUGAGACCUCCCUCAGCAGUUUGCUGGAGGGUAUUGCAGGCUUCGCCAUCAUUGAAAAGGCGACAAUGCGUCGCGCUCCUCACCUGCGAUCUGCGAUUGACGUGGAUGAACUCUGGGACUCGAUGUGUCACACCGCUAUCACGCUUACUUCGCAAGCUCUGGAUGAAGUCAGCAACGCCGAAGUUCUCCUUAAAAUCAAGGGUGUCAUAGCCCUCUUUAUCCAAACCAUGGAGGGAUGGGGUUAUUCUGUUUCUGUACUGGACAAUUUUCUCCUAAAGUUAUUCGACAAAUAUGCAGAGUUGUUGAAGCGUCGAUUCAGCGAAGACUUCCAAGAGAUUGUGUCAACGGACGACUAUAUGCCUAUGGCUAUCAACACCCGUGAGGAAUAUGAGAAAGUGGUGAAUGUCAGCUGGUUCUCGCAAGACAAGUCUCUGGAGGAACUUAGCUUCCCCUGUGUCUUGCCCUUUUCGCAAAUGUAUCCUCUCUGUUGUAUCGAUAUUCGGAAUUUUCUGAACCAAUUCUACUUCUUCUCCGACGAUCACUUUCAACAUCCCAAUGUUAUUGAUGAGACGCUCCGCAAGGUAGGAUCUCCGUCGCUCGAUGAGCUAUUAACAGAGAAAGUGUGCAAAUCUCUGGUGGAGAGGCUCAGCUCACAAUACCUUGGCCAAAUCGUGCAAAUUCUCAUUAACCUUGAACACUUUGAGGCGGCCUGCCAGGAACUGGAACAGCUUCUCAUCAGGGCGAGGUCGUCUACAUCAGCUGGUGGGCCCGUCACGCUCGUCGCCACUGAAAAGUUUAGGAAUAACAAGAAAACUGCCGAGAAGCGAAUUUUUGAAUUGGUAAAUUCUAAGAUCGAUGACCUCGUGGACACUGCAGAGUACGACUGGAUGGCUACCACUACUUCACCCGACCCCAGCAAUUAUAUGCAGACUAUGACGCGCUACCUUUCAAACAUUAUGAACUCAACACUCCUGGGUUUACCAAGGGAAAUUAAGGAGCUUAUCUAUUUCGAUGCCCUCAGUCAUGCCGCCAACAAAAUCUUGGCGUUGCCCCUUUCCCCUGACGUCAGGCAUAUUAAUGCGAAUGCUGUUGCCGCAUUGGCCAAAGACGUCCAGUACUUGACGGAAUUCGUCGACAGCCUUGAGAAUGGAGCAAUGCUUCGAGAAAACUUGGAUGAACUCCAGCAAACCAUCAACUUGAUGCAGUCUGAUAACCAUGACGAAUUCUUUGAUAUUUCAAUCCGAAACAAGAAAUUUGGGCGUGUCGAUGCAAUGAAUGGCCCGAUACUCCUAGAAAAAAUUACGUCCAGCCCACAAGGCCCUGCCCGCAGCGCCCCGCUUGCCAAUUUUUCAUCCCGAUUUGGCAUGAUGAAGUGA